AUGGAUGUUGACGUCCAAUGCACAAUCUGCGGUUCCAACGCUCGCCGAUGCGCCCGCUGCCAUUCCGCUGCAUACUGUUCCCUUGAAUGCCAGCAAACUGAUUGGCGCACACAUCGCCUUCUCUGCGCCAAGUUUGCAGAGCAAGCCCAACGCGGCUUUGCCAGUCGGCCAUCUCCGUCGCACUAUCUUGCUAUUUUCUUCCCUAUGGACCAGAACCGGCCUUCUCUUGAGUGGGUAGAUACCAAGAAGGAUGAGUACGAGGUCAACCCUUACUUCCACCCAGUCCUGGACCAACUCCUGCAUAUCCCUGGAAACGGAUACAUCGGGCGCGACUUGCGCCAGGUGCGAGGCAAUGUUCUCCGUGGAAGACCCAGCACGCAGGAUACCCUCAACCUUUGGUUCCUCGAUCCGGACGUGCCACCCCAUAAUAUGGCAACAAACAAGGCAAUCCAUGGUACAAUCCCAACCCUAAUUAGCGAUACAUGGGGUGACUUUAUCUGGAAGGGCCCGGUCGUCGCAGUCAUGAGGAAGGGAACCGGAUUUGAACCACGCCACUCCACCGACAUCACCCUCACUGCCUACCGCGAUGCCAUAGACUACCUGGGCUAUUAUAGGGACACAGUCGGUAGCAUGAUUGAACCCGGCCAAGAAGACCAUUUCUCUAGGCUCGUGCUAGCCGACAGGACCUCCAAGGUUGUUGGUGUCCGUAUCAAUUGUCUCCGCGAUCAGAUCAGCCGACAGGAGCCACAGAUAGUGGAAGUAACUGUGCCCAAGACGCACCCUCUUUUUAACCUAGAGGUCUUACAGCAACAAUCAAUCCAACGACGAUGA